GAUAACACAUCUCUGCAGUUGAAACGACGUGGUCUGCGAGAGAAACGCAAGAGCCCUGGAAGCAAGCAGUCGACAAAGACGCCAAUUCUCUCUAUUCCAAGUCGCAAUUGCGACAAAGAUAUAUCCUUUCGGUGCUUGCAUACCUUCAGCAAAACAAAGCAACCAUGGCGGAAAGACCGGGCGUCUUACGGCGCUUGGCCAACAAGGUGGCCGUCGACUCCGAACCGGGCCUCACCAGCGCCCAGAUGAUGUUGACAAACCAUGACCUCAAGCCCGUCGAGCCGGAACGCCGCCAAUGGGGACCCUGGAACUUUGUCGGCUUCUGGGUUGCCGACUCGUUCAACAUCAACACCUGGAUGAUCUCGUCGUCCAUGAUUGUGGGCGGCCUGUCGUGGUGGCAGUCGUGGCUCUGCGUCUGGAUCGGCUAUUCCAUCUCGGGCUCCUUCAUCUGCAUGACCGCCCGGAUCGGCGCCACCUACCACAUCGGCUUCCCCGUCGCGAGCCGUUCGUCGUUUGGCAUCUGGGGUAGUCUGUGGCCCGUCUUCAACCGAGCGGCCAUGGCGUGUAUCUGGUAUGGCGUGCAGUCGUACAUUGGAGGACACUGCGUGUAUCUAAUGAUACGGUCUAUCUGGAAGAGCUGGGACCGCGAAACCAUCCCCAACACGUUCUCCCAGGACUCGGGCACCUCGACGGCCGAUUACGUCUCCUUCUUCCUCUUCUGGUUCUGCUCGCUUCCGGCCAUCUGGUUCCCGGUCCACAAGAUCCGGCACCUCUUCACCGUCAAGGCCUAUGUUGUUCCCUGCGCGGGCAUUGCCUUUCUCAUCUGGUCCGUCGUCCGCGCCGGCGGCGUCGGCCCCAUCGUCCGGCAGCCGGCCACCAAGGAGGGCGGCGAGCUGGCCUGGGAGUUCAUCAAGGGCGUCAUGAGCUCCAUCGCCAACUUUGCGACCCUCAUUGUCAACUCGCCCGACUUCUCGCGUUUCGCGGGCAAGCCGCGCGACGCGCUGUGGUCGCAGCUCUUCACCAUCCCCAUCGGCUUCGCCCUCACCUCCUUCAUCGGCAUCAUCGUCUCGUCCUCGUCAGCCGUCAUCUACGGCGGCAAGCCCAUCUGGGACCCGCUCGACCUGCUCGAGCACUUCCUCGACGACGGCGGCUCGGCCCAGCGCUUCGGUGUCUUCGUCAUCGCCGCCGCCUUCGCCCUCGCCCAGCUCGGCACCAACAUCGCCGCCAACUCGGUCUCGGCCGGCACCGACAUGACGGCCCUGCUGCCGCGCUACAUCAACAUCCGCCGCGGCGGCUACAUCUGCGCGGCCAUCGGCCUCGCCAUGUGCCCCUACAACCUGCUGACCUCAAGCAACAUGUUCACCACCUACCUGUCCGCCUACAGCGUCUUCCUGUCCUCCAUCGCCGGCGUCAUGAUCGCCGACUACUACCUCGUCCGCCGCGGCUUCCUCGAGGUCAAGGAGCUGUACGACGCCCGCCGGACGGGGCCCUACUUCUACACGGCCGGCAUCCACUGGCGCGCCUACGCCGCCUACAUCGCCGGCAUCCUCAUCAACGUCGUCGGCUUCGCCGGCGCCGUCGGCACCCCCGUCCCCAUCGGUGCCACAUACCUGUACAACCUCAACUUCUUCUGCGGCUUCGGCGUCUCCGCCGCCGUCUACUGGCUGCUCUGCCGCAUCUGGCCCGUCCCCGCCACCAGCGACCGCUGGAUGGAGGUCGGCGACGAGAUCGGCGACCUGCGCGUCGCCUACCACGAUCGGAGGAGCAGCAGCCUGGUCGGGGUCGAGGAGGAGGAAGUGGAGAGCGGGAGCGCGGCCAAGGACGCGGGGAAGGCGGUAUAGAGGACGAUGACAGUUUUCUUGUUUAUCCGAGUGUUUUUUUUUGGUUUUAUCGAUAUUUUUUUCCCGUUUUAUUAUUUUCCGCCGUGUUCUAUAGACAGGCCAUCGGUUGGAAUACCUGGGACUGUGUGCUCUCUCUCUAUGUAUGAUGAUGAUGAUGUAUGGGCACAUGAAUACGACAUCGCCCAUGUCGCUGCGUAUUUCCCCCCUCUCUCUCACGACAACGUUGUGAACAACAUUCACGCCAAAAUCCUCAAAAACCCGGCUGCAAUUCGGUAACUGUCCAAAGUACUCCGUAGUCCUGUCGUUCAUGCCCUUUCGUCCGGCGACAGGGCGAUUUUCAACCGGCUGGGUACGCUACUGCAU